AUGAGGACUUUUUGCACGUUCUGUAAUCCAGUCAGAGUCAGUGUGACUCUUCGAAACCCAGUUCAAAGAAUUACUCCUCGACGAUGGACCUCGAGCACCGUCGCUCAUCUUGCAAAAGUCAACCCGGGUCCAGUGUUGAGUCAGACGAACCGCGCAGAGAUCACCCUUCGUAGGUUCUGGAAGACAGUAAACAUACAUUCCGAACCCAAUGGUCACUACCUCAUCGCAUUGGAUCAUCGUCAUCUCAAAACUCCGGCUGGAACCAAACUCGUCAUUCCAAAAGAGCGGAGAUUACUGGCAGUACUUAUUGCGAAUGAAUGGGAGAAUCAAGAUGAGGUCUUAAAGCAACACGCCCUACCCGUGACUUCACUAGCUUCCCGGGCCAUUGACGGAUUACGAGACGAUAAAAUCCGAGUGGAGGUUAUCGAUGCUCUCAUGAAGUAUCUGGAGACUGAUACUGUAUUAUUUCCACAGGACGAACCCCCAGCGUUAGUACGCAUGCAGCAAGAACAUUGGCAACCCUUGUUCGACUGGCUCAGAAACGAACUUGGUGUGCACGUGCAAGCGACAGAAGGUUUGAUACCUGCUCGACAAAGUUACGAGACACUGGCUAGAUUACGGAGGAUAGUGGAGGAAAUGGAUACAUGGGAACUUGCAGCAUUUGAGAGAGCGGCGUAUGCUUCGAAGAGCUUCAUAAUCGCCUUGGCGUUGUGCAAAGGUCGUCUGACGGCUGAUCAGGCCGCUGAUGCUAGCCAUGUAGAGGUUCGCAGUCAGAUAGAACGGUGGGGAGAGGUCGAAGACACGCAUGACGUCGACUAUCAAGACAUCCGAAGAGCUUUAGGAAGUGCGGCUUGCAUGGUGUCGAGAUCUUGA